AUGAAAAUGACUCACGUCAAUAUGGGUGGUGUACCGUUUCAGACUCGGUCUAGUCAGCCGAUUUAUGUACCCGAGUAUUCUCAGGAUGACCUGGAAGAGGAGGAUGAGGAUGAGGAGGAUGAAGAGAAUGAGUUUGAUGAGGAUGAUGUGCAGGACAGUGUUAGGAUGAGUGCGCAUCACAGAAAUACGCCUAUGUACAAUCUUAGUAGUUACCCUCCUCCCCGGUACUCCAGUUGUUCACGGCCUGGUCCUGGCGGUUUACCCUCUCCCCCUACCCCUAUCCCUUCUCCUAUGAGUGGUGACUGGCUCAGUCCACAUUAUAGUCCCUCUUUCCCGCGUCCCGGUCAAUUCCCACAGGGCGGCGGCAGCCAGUCGAGAGUUUCUGAUGAAAUUGAUCCGACUAUAUGGCUAGUGACAGAUGAAGUACCUGGUGGGCCGAAAGAUGGUAGCGUGAUUCCUAGCUUCCUUGGGCAUAUUGCUUAUCAUUUAUGGCAUGGAUACAAUAGACCCACAUUGAAGAUUUUUAAAGGCGAAAAGAUUCUGAAUAAGUUGAAGAUGUGGUAUAAAGAUAUGGAUGAUGUAGUGAAAGGCAAGAUUCGGGGGACUGGAUUGGGUCACCUUGUUCAUACCUCGUAUGAAGAUAUUGAUCUUGGCUUAGUAAAGUGGGAGCCAUUUGGACAUGGCCAACAAGGAAUAGUUCCGAGAACUAUCUACAGUGGGUGGAUAAUGUAUAGGAAUUUGCAGGAGCCAUACAUGUCGGACAGAUGUAUAUGUCAGAUUGGCUACGUACAGAGUAUUCCUCGUUCGCCCAUGUCCCCUGAUGAUGCAUUCCGAGGACCCAGGACUACCCAGUACUUUGUAGAGCAUUCUGCUGUUGACACACUCAGUACUUGGAGGAGAUUCGCGGAGUUAGCGUGUAUUAAUUUGACCAGAUGGCGACCCAAUUUCGGUGACAUCGUAGGAGAGUGUGAGGAUGGGUACCUUGAAUGGUACAGGCAGUAUUCACAUCCAUUUCUGCUGCCGACAACUAACCCAUCUGCAGUCUCUACACCAGCUAGGAGCAGUCAGUGGAUGAAUGAAUUGAGGAAGCUAACGACGGACCUGAUUAAAAAGGUCAAAGUGUCUAAUCGCGAGCUAGCUGACGAAUAUGAUGAGAAGCUGCAGGAUACGAUGAUCCGUUAUUACAAGGCCCCAUGA